AUGGCUACCUCCAAACCGCGGACAGACUCUGAUGACCAACCUCAUAUCGGUCGGCUCGACUUCGAUGCGAAUCGCGCCACAGUACAGUCCAACGCUUCGCAACAUGCUGGGCGAAGCUUGCUGGACGAGGAUGUUGAUUUCAUGAGCGAGGUUGCCGAGGGCAUCCUCGAGCGAGACCGGCAGAGGAUGCGGCGCGAGGUCAUCCGCACCUUGAGCUUGGUCUGCGCUGUGUUGAGCUGUCUCUGCGCCGGCUCCAUCACGAGCUACUCGCUCUAUGCGCCUCGCUUCCUGACCCAGCUACGUUACACUCAGCUGCAGGUCAAUGCAAUCUCCAUCGCCGCAGAGCUGGGUCUAUACCUCUUCGUUCCUCUCUUUGGGUACCUGUGUGAUCGCUACUCGCCGGCACCGUUGUCAUUGAUUGCCAGUUUCCUGUUUGGUGGUGGAUAUCUGCUGGCCGCAUACACCUACAGGGCUGGACCACCGCCCAGCAGCGGAGCCCCCGAGGCGCAUGGCCUGCCUUUUCCGCUCAUGGUGCUUGCUUUUACCGCAGUAGGUGCAGGUACAGCAUGCAUGUAUCUCUCCGGCGUAGCCACUUGUGCAAAGAACUUCAGCAGGGGGAAAUACAGAGGGCUGAUACUGGCAUUGCCCAUUGCCGCGUUUGGGUUGAGUGGCAUGUGGCAGAGCCAAGUUGGUGCGCAUCUUCUGUACGAGCGGCUGCCAGAUGGGCAGAAGGGCGACGUGGACGUCUUCAGAUACUUCUUAUUUCUCGGAAUUCUGUUGAUUGGUGUUGGUCUCCUGGGUGCUCUUUGCCUCAGAAUCGUUGAUGAAGAAGAGCUCAUCGACAGAGGAGUAGAGGAGCUCGAACGGAGCGGUCUGCUUCAAGACAGCGAACUCUUCAGUGCCCAGAACGGAAGAGGCCACCACAACUAUGGAACCCUAAAUCAAGACGACAGUGACGAUGGCUCGGACGUGGAGGCUGAUCUGUCAGAGUCGAUGGUUCUGAAAAAGCAACAAGAAGAAGCACGACUGCGGCGAAAAAAGUCCUGGCUCCUCAACCACGCCACUUCUUCCUUCCUCUCCGACCGAACAAUGUGGCUGCUCGCCGCCGGCUUCUUCCUCGUCACCGGUCCCGGCGAGGCAUACAUCAACAACGUCGGCACCAUCAUACCAUCUCUCACACCGCGAACAUGGCUAGGCCCACCACCCGCCGGCCACCCUUCUUCGCACGUCUCCAUCAUCGCCCUCACCUCCACCAUCGCCCGCAUCCUCACCGGAACAAUCUCCGACAUGUUCGCCCCUCAGCCAAAUAACAACAACAACACCAACAAUAACCACCAAGACACCGAACCCAACAGCACCGCCCCACCACCACCACUCCGGACGCCCACCAGCCUAUCCCGGCUGACGCUCCUCCUCCCCUCCGCCAUCCUCCUCUGCAUCGGCUUCCUCACCCUCUCCCUCCCCUUCCUCGUCCCCAGCAACCCGGCCCUGCUCCCGCUCAGCUCCGCCCUCCUCGGCCUCGGCUACGGCGCCUGCUUCAGCCUCGUCCCCAUCAUCAUCAGCGUGGUGUGGGACGUGGAGAAUUUCGCGACCAACUGGGGCAUCGUGGCGGUCAUGCCCGCUCCGGGCGCGGCCUUGUGGGGGAUCGUCUAUAGCGUCGAGUACGGGGGUCAUGCGGUAAGAGAUGGAGAUGGAGAUGGAGGGGGUGGGGGAGGGCAGUGCUUCGGGAGAGCCUGUUUUGAGGGCUGGGCUUGGGGUUGUGCGGCCAGUGUGUCGCGUUGGCGGUGGUGCUUUGGCUCUGGGCUUGGAGGAGUUGGCGGAGGAGGGAGGUGCUUGUUUAGCUGGGCUUAG